AUCCUCCCUGGGGCUGAGUGGAAACUCAGGUGUGUAGGCUUUUGCAGGACAGGCACAAAUGCUACUGAAAUGCAAAUUUGGAAAAGAUCUGGCCUUGGACUGGAAUCCUGGGCCAGGACCCCUAUACUGAGUCUCUUCAGCACCCUCUAGCCCUAUAGGAGGUGCUCAUGUCAUUCAAGACUCACUGGCCAAUCAGAGACUUCAGGCGGACCUGCCAGUCAGAAGAAGAGGAGGGUUUUUCCGGGUGCCAAACUGCAGGUUCCGCUCAAAAGCUGAGCAGGUCUGGAUGGUUCGGUGAGACAUUCUGUGAACGCUGAUGCCAUGACGGGAGCUCUGGCGCUGAGAAGUUGCGACAUGGUGAGCCGCAGGGUCACUGCUUACAACGGAGAGGAGCAGACGGCUGAGCAGCUGGAGCUGAAUACAGUGACCUAUGAUGAUGUGCAUGUGAACUUUACUCAAGAAGAAUGGGCUUUGCUGGAUCCUUCCCAAAAGAGUCUCUACAAAGAUGUGAUGCUGGAGACCUACAGGAACCUCAGUGCUAUAGGCUACAGUUGGGAAGACCAUAAUAUUGAAGAACAUUCUCAAAGUUCUAGAAGACAUGGAAGGCAUGAAAGAAGUCAUACUGGAGAGAAACCCUAUGAAGUUAUUCAAUAUGGUGAAGACUUUACACAUCACAGUGGUCUGCAGAUGCAUAAAAGGAAACAUACGGGAGAGAAACCCUACAAAUGUAAUCAAUGUGAUAAAGCCUUUUCACAACAUAGUCAUCUCCGAAUACAUAAAAGAACACAUACUGGAGAGAAACCCUACAAAUGUAAUCAAUGUGGCAAAACCUUUGCAUAUCAUGGUUAUCUUCAGAUACAUAAAAGAAUGCAUACUGGAGAGAAACCCUACAAAUGUAAUCAAUGUGAUAAAGCCUUUUCACAACACAGUCAUCUCCGAAUACAUAAAAGAACACAUACUGGAGAGAAACCCUAUGAAUGUAAACAUUGUGGUAAAGCCUUUGCAUGUCUCAGUCAUCUUCAAAGGCAUGAAAGAAUUCAUGCUGGAGAGAAACCCUAUGAAUGUAAUCAGUGUGCUAAAACUUUUUCACAACACAGUUCUCUCCAAAUACAUAAAAGAACACAUACCGGAGAGAAACCCUAUGAAUGUAGACAUUGUGGUAAAGCCUUUGCUUAUCGUGGUCAACUUCAUAUACAUAAAAGAACACAUACUGAAGAGAAACCCCAUGAACAUAUUCAAUAUGGUGAAGCCUUGACACAUUACAGUAUUCUCCAAAUACAUAACAGAACACAUUCUGGAGAGAAACUCUAUGAAUGUAAUCAAUGUGGUAAAGUGUUUGCAUGUCACAGUCAUCUUCAAAUACAUAAAAGAACACAUACUGGAGAGAAACCUUACAAAUGUGAUCAAUGUGAUAAAGCCUUUUCACAACACAGUUAUCUCCAAAUACAUAACAGAACACAUACUGGAGAGAAACCCUAUGAAUGUAAUCAAUGUGGUAAAACCUUUGCAUAUCAUGGUUAUCUUCAAGUACAUAGAAGAACACAUACUGGAGAGAAACCCUAUGAAUGCAUUCAAUGUGGUAAAGCCUUUGCAUGUCACAGUAGUCUCCGAAUACAUAAAAGAACACAUACUGGAGAGAAACCAUACAAAUGUGAUCAAUGUAGUAAAGCCUUUGCAUUUCUCAGUAGUCUCCGACAACAUAAAAGAACACAUACUGGAGAGAAACCUUAUAAAUGUAACCAAUGUGAUAAAGCCUUUUCACAACACAGUUAUCUCCGAAUACAUGAAAAAACACAUACUGGAGAGAAACCUUAUAAAUGUAACCAAUGUGGUAAAACCUUUGCACAUCAUGGGCAACUUCAAAGACAUGAAAGAUUUCAUAUUGGAGAGAAACCUUACAAAUGUAAUCAUUGUGAUAAGGCCUUUUUACAACACAGUUGUCUCCAAAUACAUAAAAGAACACAUACUGGAGAGAAACCCUACGAAUGUAAUCAGUGUGGUAAAGCCUUUGCAUAUCAUGAUUAUCUUCAAAUACAUAAAAGAACACAUACUGGGGAGAAACCCUAUGAAUGUAUUCAAUGUGGUAAAGCCUUUGCAUAUCACGGUUAUCUUCAAGUACAUAAAAGAACACAUACUGGAGAGAAACCCUACAAAUGUAAUCAAUGUGAUAAAGCCUUUUCACAUCACAAAAGUCUCCAAAUACAUAAAAGAAUACAUAAUGGAGAGAAACCCUAUGAAUAUAACCAAUGUAGUAAAGCUUUUGUAUGUCACAGUGAUAUUCAAAGACAUGUAAGAAAUCAUACUGGAAAGAAACACUAUGAAUGUAUUUAACAUGGUUAAGCCUUUGCACAUUAUAGUCUUCAUUAUCACAAAAGUAUUCAUACUGGAGAGAAACCCUAUGAAUGUAAGCAAUGUUGUAAAGCCUUUGCCCUUUACAGUUAUCUCCAAAUGCAGAAAAGAACACACACUGGAGGGAAACCUUAUGAAUGUACUCAAUGCCUUUGUGUUAUGAGGUCUGCUUAGGAUGUGUAGGUGUGCCUUUUCUGUUGUGUAAUAAAACAAUGUCUAAGGCAAUGUAUAAAAGUUUAAUUUGGCUUAUGGUUCCAGAGGGACAUAGGAUCAUUAUGAAAUUGGCAUCACAAAUGUCGUACAUGGCAGCUAAAGUGGGAAGCCCACAUUCUCAACCUGCAGCAUGAAGCAGAGAGUGGGAACUAGAAAUGCUGUAUGGAUGUAAACACUCAAGCCCACCCCAAGUGACAUAUUUCCUCCAGCAAGGCAACAUUUCCUAAAUCUCCCCAAAUGAUACCACCAAUUGAAAAUGAUUGGUUUCUCUCAAAUGCUUACAUGCUUGUUUUCUGUAAGAUGAACCAGUUCAUGAUGAAGAAAAACUGUAGGUAAGCCUUUAGAUUCCUCAACACUUGAGUUAUAGAAAUAAAUGCUUAGAAUAAAUGCAAGAAAAACA